AUGGCAACUCAUGAUGAGAAAACUCGACGAUUUUUCAAGCACUCUUCUGUGCAAGUGCUACUUUGUCCUCACAUUGGUGGAAAACGACAUAGUUGGGCCAAGCAAAAGGAAGUUGAAACAAUAUAUACACAUCAUCAGAAGAUUAUUAUUGUGGAUGCUAAUGCUGGAAAUAACAGAAGGAAAAGUGUAGCAUUUAUUGGUAAACUUGAUUUGUGUGACGGCCGAUAUGAUACUCCCCAUCAUCCUUUCUUUAGAUCACUGCAGACACUGCACAAGGAUGAUUAUCACAACCCUACUUUCACGGGUAGUACUGGUGGCUGUCCGCGGGAACCAUGGCAUGACUUGCAUUCUAAAAUUGAUGGUCCAGCAGCUUACGAUAUUUUGACCAAUUUUGAGAAGCGCUGGUUAAGAGUUGCGAAACCUACAGGGAUAAAAAAAGUUUAG